AUGUUCGGUAUCACGGGAAACGAGGAUCGGAAAGCCGAUCAGAGAACGCCAAAAACCCCGAGCAAAUUUGAUCGUGGGAGGUUUUCAGUUGACAGCAGCGUUCCCAUAUUCACAACGGAUUGCGGUAAUUUUAAUUGAUGUAGAAUAUUAUUUGAUGGCGUCGAGAAGCUCAAAAAACUUCCCGAAAAUCUGUUUUUGAGGCUAUUGACUGAAAGAUAUUCUUUUUUUUUUUGGUUACUCCAAGGAUAUUUCGCUCGCAAAAGAUGAAUAAAGAGAAGUAGAUACGGUUUUAAAUAGAGGCGAAUAAAGUGUACACGGAGCCAGAGUUUUCAGAUGAUGGUUUCAUGCCGUUUUUCCCGAACCCAGCGUUCCGAGGCGAUCCGUCGCUUUUGAACAAAACCAAAGAUGAAUUCGAUAUCGUCCGCGAGGAUCAUCUUUUUGCUGUCUACGAACCGAAUGAUGUAAAAAAAUAAAUAAACAAUACCUGAAUUUAUCGAAAAAUUUCAGGGUCGAAACCUCGAACUUCUCAGUGAACCUAAGACCGAAGUCAGCGAAGACGCUUUCGAAGAAAAAUCUCUUUUUGGCCUCACUAAAACUGUUUUAUUUUGUUGUCUUGAAAAUAUUUUUGUGCCCCCGAAUAAUCAUUUUUUUACCAUUUUUCAGUUACUCACACAACCAUGAUUAACCGAAAUCACUUUUUUUUUUCUCCCCUUUGUGCCAUGUUUUUUUUAUCUUUUUGAGAUGUUGCCAGAUUUUUUUAUCGAAAUUUCCCAAAAAAAGUUUGACAGAAAUGAAUAGUUCGUUGUUGUAUCAAGUUUUUGUGUUGAAAUUGUUGUAUUUUUCAAAUCGUUAUUUGAAAUAUUUAUUAUUCGUCAUUAAACUGGCUCGGAUCCAAAAUAGCAUGUCCGAUUAUGGCGUGUGUUGGCGGGAUCUUUUUGAUACACGCCGGUUUUCCCGAUUUGUCCAUUUUGCAACGGUGGGACGGUGGGCAGACGACGGCUUCACAGGCUAGAAAUUAGUGAAUUUUUUUGGAAGUCGUUUUUGGAGAAAAAUUAGAUUUUUUUGUGUUUUCGAUUGAUUUUUUGAGUGUUUGAACCGUAGUUUUCAGCAAAAAUUCAAAAAUAUAAAUAAAUCUCUGAUUAAAACACUAAUUUCGAGUCAAGUAGUUGAUAAUUUUGAAAAUACGGAUGCUUUUUUAAGUUAACUAGAUUUUUUUUUUCCAACUCACUUUCUGGCGUUUCACAGCUUGGAAUUUUCUUGCAGACCUUGGAAAUGCACGGUUUCACGCGUUCAACGCAAAGUUUCCCCGAAGGACAAUCAAGUCGGGAGCAGCCUGGAAGAUUUCCUUUGGUUAGUUGA